AUGCCUCGCCACCAUCGCCGCGAGCAGCUUCCGCUAUUCAUCAAGCGCGCAUUAUGCGCGCAUCACGUCGAUUAUCCCCUCCUGCGCCACGUCGAUCUUGCACGCUGGGUUUACGCCCAGUAUGGCCUGCGACCUGACCGCUCCACGGUCGGCCGCAUCCUGAAGAAUGCGGGCCGCUGGGCUCUGGAGGAACCCAACGCCCCCAAUCAGGUGCGGCGCCGGGGCGGCGCAUGGCCUGAGCUUGAGCAGGCCAUGGCUCGCUGGAUCGCAAACGCGGGCCCCGCGAGCGUGCCACUCACUCUGCAGACGAUACGCGACCACGUGGCGACGAUGGCGCGACGCAUGGGCAUUCCGCCCGCGUUCCGUUGCUCCAUUGGCUGGGUCCGCCGUGCGUUGAGGCGCCAAGGAGUGCGGUGCCGUGCAGCCAUCGGCGAGGCGGCGAGCGCCGACAUGGCGGCUGUGCGUGAGGCGCGUGAGAAAGUGCCGCAGCUUCUGACUCACCUCGGUUACCAACCGCGCGACACUUUCAACUUUGACGAGACUGCGUUGUGGCUCUCUGUGCUGCCGCGUAAGACGUACAGCAACGCGCACAUUCCCGGGCGCAAGGUCUCGAAGGACCGCCUGACGGUGGCUUUUCUCGUCAACGCUGACGGGAGCCACGUCUUCCGGCCGUUGGUCAUCAGCAAGGCGCGCCGUCCGCACGACUUCAGGCCGGACUACGACCCGGAAGCUCUGUGCUACUGGCGGCACAACGCGAAAGGCUGGAUGACCAGCUCGUUGUUCACGCAUUUCAUAUCGCAGCUCAAUGCCGCGAUGUAUGCCGAGAGGAGGCACAUCGCGGUGCUGCUCGACAAUGCAAGCUCCCACAUGCUGCGGGACGAGUGCGCUUGGAGCGAAAUCGUCUGCGGCAUGCGGACCACUUGCCUCAGCAAUGUGCGCCUCGUCUUCCUGCCGCCUAACACAACCUCCUACACGCAGCCCCUCGACCAGGGCAUGAUCGCGACAGCGAAGGCCCGCUAUCGACAGCACUGGCUGCAGGCCUUCACUGCACUGUGGAAUGACGACGGCGCAACCAGUGCCGUCGCCCGCUGGCGCCCCAAUCUUCGCGACGUGCUCGGUUGGCUCUCCGACGCCUGGAUGAGCGUCGGAGCGCGCACCAUCCAGAGGUGCUUCUGGCGCACGGGCUGCUUGCCUCUGUCGUGGUCGCUGGAACUCACGCAUGUGCAUGAUGACGAUCCCACCCCCCAUGCUUACCCGGACAUUGAGCUCGACGACGACAUCGACAAUGUCGGGGAGCUCAUAUGCGGGCUUGGGCUCGGCGCCGGCGCAAUGACCGCCGCCGAGUACGUCGCCAUCGACGAGGGCGAGCCGACGUGCGCGGAGGCGGCGGCGGGAACGUCUCCGGAAGAUGCGGACGUGGGCCUGGUGGCGGAGCUAUGGAGGGCGCCGACCACGAUGCAGGCCGUGUAUGACGACAACGACCCCAUCGGCCGUGAGGCGCGGCGCACGGCACGGGCGGCCAGCGAGAUGCUCAUCGGCUACGCGCGCGCCGUGAACGUGACCCCGCGCGACCUGUGCCACCUGUUCGACAUCCGGAAUCCGGUCAUCAUUGAGCUCAUGGAGCGUGCAAGCCCCGCGCUGGCUCUCAGCAUGGCCCCGCCGCCCAGGCUUUCGACGAGCCCAACCCCGCCGGAGGAGGCCCAGCAUCCGCGGGGCCGUGUGCUGCCUGGCUGGAUGACCCAGCCGUCCCGCCGUCAGCAGCUUCUUGACGCCGGGGUUGGCGCCGCGAUGGGCGGGUACGUGGAGGCGGCCGAGUGGAUGCAGGUGUGA